ACAAUAUAAUUUUUGAAUUCCACCAAAUUAAAAGAAUUUGUAUUGUAACAAAUAAAAUAAACUCUUUAAAGUUCUCAUUUUCCAAAGUCCUCUAUUUCUUCUUCUUCUUCAUUUUUUUUCCCCUUCUAUAACAUUCUCAUUCAACCUCACAAACAAAAUCUCAAAGAAUCAAAAUAGAGCACAAAAUCACAUAUCCAAAUUAUUAUCUCACUCUCAAAUUAGGUAGGGUAGUGACAAUACAAAAUUUGAGAAAACAAGGCCGGCCUCAUAUAAAUGUCAAUACACGUUAAUUUUAGCCACCCACUACUUGUCAAAAUUCCUUCUAUUUUUUCCCUUUCUUUUUAUUCCUAUUCAUUUCCCUCUCACUCUUAAAUCUCACACACUCAUUUUCCUUAUAAAUACAUAGAAAAAGAGUGAGAGACAUGUUAAUUCUUAGUAGAGAGUGAAUUGAGUGGAGCUAGUGAGCUAGCUUGUAAAUUAGUGAUGAUUUUAGAGAUGGGUUCCAUGUGGAUGGUCCUUAUGGUCAUUGGUGUUUCUCUUUUGGUCAUAAGAUCCAUUCUCAAAAAUGUAAAUUGGUGGCUUUUUGAAUCCAAAUUAGGUGUUAAGCAAUACUCUCUUCCACCAGGUGAUAUGGGAUGGCCCUUCAUUGGUAACAUGUGGUCCUUUCUUAGAGCUUUCAAGUCUAAGGAUCCCGACUCCUUCAUCUCCUCCUUCGUCUCCAGAUAUGGAAGUAGUGGAAUAUACAAAGCCUUAAUGUUUGGAAAUCCAAGUGUAAUUGUGACAACACCAGAAGCAUGCAAAAGAGUUCUAACAGAUGAUGAAAAAUUUACAACUGGUUGGCCUCAAUCUACGAUCGAGCUCAUUGGAAAGAACUCAUUCAUUGCAAUGGCUUACGAAGAACAUAAGCGGCUUCGACGUUUAACUUCAUCUUCGAUCAAUGGCAUGGAAGCAUUGUCUUUGUACUUGACAUAUAUCGAAGAAAAUGUUAUAAGUUCGUUAGAGAAAUGGUCCAACAUGGGACAAAUUGAGUUCUUGACCGAAAUUCGGAAGCUUACUUUUAAAAUUAUUAUGCAUAUUUUCCUUAGUUCAGAAAGUGAACCUGUUAUGGAUGCUUUGGAAAAAGAAUACACAAUACUUAAUCAUGGAGUUAGAGCUAUGAAAAUAAAUGUUCCUGGAUUUGCAUACCAUAAAGCACUCAAGGCUAGGAAAAAUCUAGUUGCCAUAUUUCAAUCAAUUGUGGAUGAUAGAAGAAACAUAAGGAAGAUAUAUUCAAAAAACAAAGCCAAAGAUAUGAUGGAUUCUCUUAUAGAUGUUGAAGAUGAUAUUGGAAGAAAGUUAAGUGAUGAAGCUAUCAUUGAUAUAAUGUUAAUGUACUUGAAUGCUGGUCAUGAGUCUUCAGGGCAUAUUACAAUGUGGGCUACCUAUUUUUUACAAAAGCAUCCAGAAUAUCUUCAAAAGGCCAAGGAAGAACAAGAAGAAAUAGUAAAGAGGAGGCCUCCAACACAAAAAGGGUUGACACUUAAGGAAAUUCGCAGCAUGGAUUUUCUUUAUAAGGUGAUUGAUGAAACAAUGCGCGUAAUAACAUUCUCGUUGGUGGUAUUUCGAGAGGCGAAAUCUGAUGUCAUGAUUAACGGUUACACCAUUCCGAAAGGUUGGAAAGUGCUUACAUGGUUCAGAUCAGUUCACCUUGAUCCUGAAAUAUAUCCUAAUCCAAAGGAAUUUAAUCCUGAUAGAUGGAAUAAAGAAUACAAAGCAGGGGAAUUCCUUCCCUUUGGAAUUGGAACUAGAUUGUGUCCUGGCAAUGAUCUUGCCAAAAUGGAAAUAGCAGUUUUUCUUCAUCAUUUUAUUCUAAAUUACAAGCUUGAACAAUAUAAUCCUAAAUGUCCUGUUAGAUACUUACCACAUACAAGACCUAUGGACAAUUGCUUAGGAAGGGUCAAGAAAUGUUCAUCUACACAAACUUGAAAUGGAAGAGAAAGCUCAAAAUAUGAAUAUGGUUCUUUGUAUUGUGAACAUUGUUUUCAUGUUUGCCUUUUGAUAAAUCUACAAAUCUCAAAAGCUACUUUCAGCUAAGUUAUCAUAGUUGGAAAAAAAAAAGUUUAGGAAGUUUCAUAGCUUAUACAUAUAAGAAAUAAUUAUAAUUACAAAGCCUCAUACUACCCUUUUAGCAGUAGCUAGUAUUAUGGUUAUCUUUUUUUUGGUGCCA